UAUUCGGGCUCCAAAAGUUUCCCUCAUCCAGUCGGGCCGUGGAAGAGGGAGCUUCUGCCUUGGGCACCGGGUCCUGGCUGGUCUGAAUGGCUGGCUCUGAGGUGUGCAGUCCCACCUCAACUGUUUGAGUCCCAGAGAACUGACCGAAAAUCGCUGUUUUCAUGGGCAGUUUGCAAACAGGGAAAACGCUGAAUUGACCCAGUCAAUUAUUCACAACCGGUAACUGGCCUGGCUCUGCUCAGCUGCAGUAAACUCCACUGGUGGACUGUUAAAAUCACACACAGCCUCCUUCCCCCAGCAACGCCCGCUUGCGGACACAGCCGGCCUGGGCCAGGCGUUAUCGACACCAUAUCCAGCUACACACUUUAGAAGGGGGUAAGAAAUAGAACAUUUCUCACAUGGGUCACCUGGCCAGGCUCAUGUCGCUGCUGUUUACCCUUCUCUGCAUUUCCACAGCCCGGGGUUCCUAGCGUCCCACCCCCAGCUGCUGAAUUAAUGAAUGGAAGGUAGAGUAGGAAGGGAACUGGCUUGUGGUGCUGUGGGGUGGGAGGCAGAGCUGCUCUGGUCCUUAGCAAAGUCUCUCUUCCUCCUGGACUGCAGGUUGCUGGGUUUCCAAACACAGCAUGUGUGUCUAGUUACAGUCGCUCCUCAGCCUGUAGCCAGCUUGUGCCUGACUGCUGCUGAAGUGGUGAAUCUGGUCUGGAUGGAGCACGGCUGCUGCUGCCUCUGUCCACCCUCUUCCACACACCCCGAAGGCCUUGUCCGCAAGGUUUCCCUGGGGGGCUGGUGUGUCUGCCAGCAGCCUGGCUGCCCUGGGGCUCUGGACCGUUGUCUUUUGUGGUCCUCAGAGCAGGUCAGCCAGCUGGGCCUGUCAGCUCCUGAGAGUCCCCCAGCAUGUCUCAGCCAGCUGACGUGUCUCUAGUAAUUCCCCGUCUGGCUCCCUCAUCCUGUGUGAAAAGGGCGAGUGGCUUUUCCCUUGGUGUGUGCCUUCUGCGGCACUUGCAUUCACCGCUCUCCUAGAAUCACAUCUCCCAGUUCCUGCAAGAACGGCACCUCUGACCCCUUCGUGCCUCCUGGAGGGCGCCCUCCUCAGGCCGUUGGCCAUAUCCUUUCUGGGGAGGGGAGUGGGGGGAGGCUCUGCUGUUCCACUCCCGCCAGACCGGGGAUUUAAGCUGCAGUGCCUGCUGUCCUGCCCUGUCAUCACCUCGGCACCUGCCUUCUGUUACCCCCAGGGUUAGCCAGCGGUCAGAAUGUGGCAGUGCCGUGACAACACCCUAAACCCAAAACCGCUUCUCCCCGGGCCUGCUGCGUAAUGCCGGUGCUGGUCCUUUGGAACCCGUCAGACCCAGUCUGUGCAGCACCCCCGGGAUGAUUCCCCCUCAUGUGCUUUUCAGGAGUUGUGCCCAAUGAUGUUAGCUCCUGCUGCUUCAUCCGCCCUAUCGGCUACAUCCUCCAAUGUCUGCCUUGCUUGUCUCAUUUCAGGAAAGACUGGAACCCCUUCCCAGCCUGCGGGUAACCAUCUGAAGGGAGAGGGAAAACUGAGUCACCCACACCUUUCAUAAAAAUACAUCCGAGUUGUGCCAGUUCUCUGCACUCGGCUUCAGGGCAGAGCAGCCUCUCUGCUGUUGUGAUGGGUGAUUUCUGGGGCUCUGGCUCCCUUGCCCCCUCUUUUUGGACCGGUGCCUUGGCGGGAACCGCCCUGGAGCUGGGCGCACAUGCACGCCCACCAGUGCCCAGAAGAUGACCAGGCUGCUCCUGGGGGUGACCCUGGAGAGGAUCUGCAAGGCCGUGUUGCUGCUCUGCUUGCUGCACUUCGUCAUCAUCAUGAUUCUCUACUUCGACGUCUACGCCCAGCACCUGGACUUCUUCAGCCGCUUCAAUGGCAGGAACUCCUCCUGGGCCCAGUCCUCCAACUCCUCCCGGCCCAACGGCACUGCCCCCAGCUGUGGGCCGGCCGGGGCCGACCUAGCCUCCAGCGCCAACCGCUCCGGCACUGAGAAGCCCUUACCGCCCUGCCAGGAGGUGCCGCCUGGCUUAGUUGGCCGGCUCCUCAUCGAGUUCAACUCGCCCAUGAGCAUGGAGCGGGUGCAGCGGGAGAACCCAGAUGUGCGGGAGGGUGGCAAGUACGUGCCCCCGGACUGCCAGCCCCGUCAGAAGGUCGCCAUCCUCAUCCCCUUCCGCCACCGGGAGCACCACCUGCGCUACUGGCUGCACUACCUGCACCCCAUCCUGCGCCGGCAGAAGGUCGCCUACGGCAUCUACAUCGUCAACCAGUAUGGCGAGGACACCUUCAACCGGGCCAAGCUGCUCAACGUGGGCUUCCUGGAGGCCCUGAAGGAUGAGGACGACUACGACUGCUUCAUCUUCAGCGACGUGGACCUGGUCCCCAUGGACGACCGCAACCUGUACCGGUGCUACGAGCAGCCGCGGCACUUUGCCAGUGCCAUGGACAAGUUCAGCUUCAGGCUGCCUUACGCUGGCUACUUCGGGGGCGUCUCAGGCCUGAGCAGGUCCCAGUUCCUGAAGAUCAACGGCUUCCCCAAUGAGUACUGGGGCUGGGGAGGCGAGGACGACGACAUCUUUAACCGGAUCUCUCUGAACGGCAUGAAGGUGUCGCGUCCCAGCGGCCACAUCGGGAGGUACCGCAUGAUCAAACAUGAGCGCGACAAACACAACGAGCCCAAUCCACAGAGGUUCACCAAGAUCCAGAAUACCAAGGUGACGAUGAAACGGGACGGCAUCAGUUCCCUGCAGUAUCAGCUGGUGGAGGUGACACGCUGGCCCAUGUACACGAACAUCACAGUGGACAUUGGCAAGUCGCCCUCACGCCCAGCCCGGGGCUAGCACCUUUCCCCGGCCCACGGGAGCCUGAGGCUGGAGCCCAGGGCUGGCCGUGCCCUGGCAGGGGAGGCUCUGUGCCCUGGGCUGGCUGGAUGCAGAGGAGCCUCGCCGUGGCCCCGGGGUGUGGAUCGAACCAGGACGUGUUCGGCCCCCUCUGCCUGCCUUCUGGACAUGGCUGCGCCCCAGAAUCCCCCUCACCGCACGGCAGUUAGACCUGCCCCGCGGGCCGGGGACAAUGCAGCAGCCCGCCACUAUCCAAAACGGCCCUAGCCAGGGGCUUGGGAGAGCUUCAGGCUCUUGCUAACAAGCUCCCCCCCUUUACGAGGAGAUCCAAGCACUGAACUCCUCCUGCAGCUUCCCCGGGGCGGGGAUGCUCUGCGCUGUGGUCCUGGGCUGGGCGUGCCACCCCAUCGCCACCCUGACUGGCUCAGUCUGGGCCAGCGACAGCAGGGGCUCUGUGCCCCAUGGGUUCAGCUCUAGCUGGGCCAGGGCUCGGUCUUUGGUGCUCGCAGGGCUCCUAUGGGGCAGUAUGGCUGGGAGAGGGGCCAGUGUGGCUCCCUCCCGCCCUGCUAUGUGGGAUGCCUUCUCCCAGUGGGGCACAGACGCAGCCCCUCUUGCUGUCUUCCUCGGCCGUCUCAGCUAGUGCUUAGGGCCCAGGCCAGGACACCUGGGUCCUAGUCUCAGCUCUGCCCCCCUUUGUGCCUCUGUUUCCCCCUGCCAGGGUCUCAUGGGCUGGCCCCUCCUGCACACUACAGUUGAGAGUGUGGAUGUACUGUAUCCUGGGGGCUUCAAAGGGACUAUUUCCAUCCUGGCCCUGCCUGCGAGCCACACUGAGGGUUUCAUACACUGGGGGAGCCCUUGUCUGCCCUGUUCCCUCCCUGCAGCCCCCCCCCCCCGAGCAGCUGCUCCACUUAGCAGAGCAAGGCAUCUCAGAGCCUGGGGAGGCUUCACACCAAAAGGGCUGCAGGCCCUGGACCCAGCCCCUCGCACGCUGUCCCCUGGUGCUUCCUGCCAGGCAGCCCUGCACCACCCGUGCCUACUGCUCACCCACCCAAGGACCCCUUUACAACCCAGAACAUUCCAGCCCCACUCUUCUCUAAGGCCAGGGCCAGGGCCUUGGCAGGGGGCGGUGCUAGCUCCAGAACUAGUUUGCCUGGUACCCUAGGAAGGGGAAGGCUCCUUGGUGGGGAUGGGCACUGCUGGCCCUGGAGGGCAGAAACUGAUGGUGGGGCAGAGCCCUGUAGGGUUCCCUCCCUCUCCCCCCGGACCAUUGUUCCAGCUCCACGUGUAGCUUAACCUGUCCACCCCCAUGGCCCCAUCCCUCGCUGCCUGCCUUGGCCGGGCCCCAAGCAUGCUGCGUGCAAGAACACUGCCAAGGGGCAAUGAACUGUACCACCUUGACUGCCAGGGAGUGGGGGGCGGGGCACUGCACCCUGCCCAACCCCCGCCUCCCCCCAGUUCUGAGCCCAGCCCUAUCCAGGAGCGAUGAGAGAUGAAAUCAGUGCCUCGGUGUGGUGAGCGGGGGCCCCCCUCAGCACUGAUGCUCCCUCUGGACAUUGGGGGGUGGGGAAGGCAGCGGGCAGCAUGUCCAGGCCAGGGCCAGCGCUGACUUUUGUACAUUUGAAUGUUUGACCUGUUUUGAGCGUAUCCUGAAUGCAGCCUUUGGUCCCAGCGACCAGACUUUUGUAUUUAAUAAAGUUGCAAAAAUUCA